ACCGCGUGUGUCAGCUGGCCGGCUCGACUGUCUUUGCGAAUUACACGUCACGAGAGAACCUGAAAUUUUAAAUUUGCAAGAUGUGGCUCCGCUGCUUCGUGGUGGCGGUUUGCCUGGCUCAAGGAAUUCAUGGCAUCACGUUUUUCCUAAAACCCAACAGUAAACGAUGUCUAAAGGAGGAAGUUCUUAAGGGUGUUUUGGUAUCCGGCGAGUUCAUGCUUUCCGAUUCUCCUGGACACAAAACAGACCUUGUCGUAACGGAUACUAACGGGCAGGUCCUAGCGCACAGAGAGAACAUCCAUGGCGAUAAGGGAAAAUUCGCGUUCACAACCGACUCAUAUGACGUUUUCGAGGUCUGUUUCAUCACGAAGCUGCUGCCGGGCGUCCAGGGCCAGGAUCGCGAAAUUCAAUUGAAUUUAAAGCAUGGCGCCGAAGCGAUCAAUUACGACAAGCUCGCCGAAGUCGAGAAACUCAAGCCCCUGGAAGUCAAGCUGCAACAGCUAGAAGAUCUCAGUGAAAGCAUUGUCAAAGAUUUCGCUCAUAUGCGACAGCGGGAAGAAGAAAUGCGGGACACGAACGAGUCGACGGCGAACAGAGUUCUGUACUCCUCGAUGAUAGGGAUGCUGUGUUUGAUGGGCCUAGUCGUUUGGCAGAUUCUGUACUUGCGGCGAUUCUUCAAAUCCAAGAAGUUAAUUGAUUGAAGAGCUGAGAAAACCCGAGAUGUUGCUCCCGAGAGGCAGACCCGUUAGUCGGUGCAGAGAAUGAGAUACGAGCACACAGGGAAGUCUACGACUGAACAACGCUUGAUGUGAGCUACCAAUAGUGUCAAAUUGGGGGGAUCAUGUGGGAAGCUUGGACUUGAGCGAGCGACCUGUCCGCCGGGAAGCUUCUCCCGCGUGUGCUCGUCUCGUAUGGAUGUAUGUCAUCAAGUGUGUGAUUCAAGAGAGAUCAAGGACAUCUUUUGCUGUCAUAGGUAUUUGAAUAAAAGGGAAGAAUGUUCUUUGUAAAUUAUAAAGCUCUUGACUCGAUUAA